UCGUGCGAAGUUGGAAACGUGGUGUUUUCGGGUUUAGACGACGGAAUGGGUGUUCUUUUUUAGGUUGCUCCGUACGGUGGCCUGGCGGAGCCAAGGGGCGCUGUAGGCUGCAGCGUGCCCUUACCCCAUUUUCCUCCACCGCCCGCUCGCCCUAGGGCCUAUCUACUUCCUGUCUCUGGAGUCAGCCUCCACAACUCUGGAGGCCUUACCCUGUGCUGAGAGCCAGAUUUGCUCGCGAGGAGUACUUAACGUACAGGGUGGGGCUCCGCGGUUUGUAGAAGAGGUCGGGGUGGUCUGAUCCCUGGAUGCAGCUCCUGGAGAAGGCGGGAUCCCCCCCGCCGCCGCUUCCCGGUAGCGGGGAUUGAACGCAGACCCUUCGCACCAGCUCUAGCUCUUCUUAAAACUUGUAACAUAGGUUUUCACAGACGCUAAGUUGCCCCAGCUGGGCUUAAACUUAGGAUUCUCCUACCUCAUCCUCCUGGAGUGCUGGCCUUACUGGUGUAUUCCAGUCAGGCCCAACAAAGCCUAGAUCCUGAGAUGUGGCAGAAUCCCAGUAGAGGGAAUUGCCUGAAGCUUGUGGUUGGGUGUCUGCGGAGCUCUAGGAGGACACACAACCUGGCUCUGCUGGACUUUCACAGUCUGGCUGGAUCUUCGUUUGUUUUCCUACCUGGUAUUUUUGCUAGAAAUCUCAAGUUGUGCCCUUACAGUUGCAGUCCCCUGCCUCCUACUUUCUAAAACCUUGAAGUUACUGCUGCCUCCCUGAUUUUUGUCUCAAGAAAUGUGUUGAGGAAGCUGGGGAUAUAGCUCAGCAGCAGGGCAUCUGCUUGGCAAAUUUGAGGUCCUGAGCUUGAUUCCUGGUUCCAAAAAGAAGAAAAAAGAAAUGUUUUGAGAUUAAAUGAAUAGAUCAGUGCCUCAUAAGGAAGCCCCAGGGUAUGGGGCCUGGAGUGCUGGACCCGCCAAUACCCAGAGUACAUAUGGAAGCGGUGUGGCCAGCUGGCAAGGUUAUGACAACUACAGUUACUAUGGUGCCCAGAACACCAAUGUCACUGCAGGAGCAACCUACAGCUAUGGCCCAGCUUCAUGGGAGGCCGCCAAAGCCAGUGAUGGUGGCCUGGCAGCCGGUGGCCCUUCCAUGCACAUGGCCUCUUAUGGUCCAGAACCAUGCAACGACAAUUCUGACUCUCUUAUUGCCAAGAUCAACCAGCGCCUGGACAUGAUGUCCAAGGAAGGAGGCAGGGGCGGGAGCGGCAGCGGUGGGGAGGGCAUGCAGGACCGGGAGAGCUCCUUCCGCUUCCAGCCAUAUGAGUCCUACGAUUCUAGGCCUUGCUUGCCCGAACAUAAUCCCUACCGCCCCAACUACAACUAUGACUAUGACUUUGACCUGGGGACCGACCGCAAUGGCAGCUUUGGUGGGCAGUACAAUGACUGCCGGGACCCAGCCCGGGAGCGAGGAUCCCUUGAUGGCUUCAUGCGAGGCCGGGGCCAGAGUCAGGGCCCAGGCCCAGGCCGCUUCCAGGACCGGAGCAGUUCUGGCACCUUCAUGCGCAGUGACCCCUUCAUGCCACCCUCAGCCUCCACUGAGCCCCUGAACACUUCCUGGAAUGAGCUAAACUACAUGGGUGGACGAGGCUUGGGAGGCCCCGCCCCAAGCAGGCCGCCUCCUUCCCUCUUUUCCCAGUCCAUGGCCCCUGACUAUGGCAUGAUGGGAAUGCAGGGGACAGGUGGAUAUGACAACGCCAUGCCUUACGGAUGUGGCCGGUCACAGGCUCGGAUAAGAGAUCGGCCCAGGAGGAGAGGGUUUGACCGCUUCGGACCAGAGAGUAUGGGCAGGAAGCGGAAGCAGUUUCCAAUGUUUGAGGAGCCGGAUGCCAAACUGGCUCGUGCUGACAGCGAAGGCGAUUUUUCGGACAACGAUGAUGGAGCUGGUGACUUCCGGUCAGGAGAUGAAGAAUUCCGGGGUGAGGAUGAAUUCUGCGACGCUGGGAGGCAGAGAGGAGAGAAGGAGGAGGAGGAUGAGGAAAUGAAGAAGAGACGAGAAAAGCAAAGGAGGAGAGACAGGAUGCGGGACCGAGCAGCGGACAGAAUUCAGUUUGCCUGUUCCGUGUGCAAGUUCCGUAGCUUUGAAGAUGAAGAAAUCCAGAAACACCUGCAGAGCAAAUUUCACAAAGAGACACUGCGAUUUAUAAGCACUAAACUGCCUGACAAGACAGUGGAGUUCCUUCAGGAGUAUAUCAUAAACAGGAAUAAGAAAAUUGAGAAGCGGCGUCAGGAGUUGAUGGAAAAGGAAAGCCCGAAACCAAAACCAGACCCUUUCAAAGGGAUUGGCCAGGAGCACUUCUUCAAGAAGAUUGAGGCUGCACACUGCCUGGCCUGUGACAUGCUGAUUCCUGCACAGCACCAGCUCCUCCAGCGGCACCUGCAUUCUGUGGACCACAACCAUAACCGCAGGUUGGCUGCUGAACAGUUCAAGAAAACAAGUCUCCAUGUGGCUAAGAGUGUUCUGAAUAACAGACACAUAGUGAAGAUGCUGGAAAAAUACCUCAAGGGCGAGGACCCUUUCACCAGUGAAACUGUUGAUCCUGAAAUAGAAGGAGAUGACAAUUUAGGCGAGGAUAAGGAAGAGACACCUGAGGAGGUGGCUGCAGCAGUCUUAGCAGAGGUGAUUACAGCAGCAGUGAGGGCCGUAGAUGGGGAAGGAGCUACUGCUGGAGAGAGCAGUGAAGAGCUGACCCAAGGGGAAGGCCCGGUGGACAUGGCGGCCGCCAGCAGUGAGCUGCAUACUGAACAGUUGCUGGAAGAGCAGGCCUCCUGUGGAACAGCAUCUGAGAAGGAGAACCCUGAAGCUGAGGCUGAUAGUGAGGCUGCUGAGGCCAGAAGUGAGCCAGUAACGCUGGCAGCAGGGGCAGAGAGCGCCACAGUCGAAGCUGCCCCUGUCCCGGCUGUCGUGGAAGCUGAAGUGGGACAAACUAAUGCAGAGUCCAAAGAUGAUAUUCCUACGGAGUGAUCCUCCUUCCCUGUUUCAAGGGAUGUGUUAAAUAACGUGUUGCUCUUUCUUUGGUUUGUAAGCAGUACUAGGGCGUGUUACUGGAAUGUGCUGUAAACUAAUUCUGGUGAAGACUCGGCCGCCUCCCUUACAAGCUUCUCUUACGCAGUUGCAUAGCUUCCCACCUUGGCCUGAAGGUUGCAGAGGUUGUACAUUCCCCUCAAGCAGCAGUGAUGUCUUUUUAGACAGCAGAUGGAAUAAUAAAAUUUGGCUAAUUAGCUCUUGA